UCCCAGUUGUGAGUCGUAUUGCUUCGAGACGUUCGUUCAGUGUUGAGCGGUGAUCUUGUGGAGUCAGUUCGUUAAGACGGAUAUUUUUAGACGGAGCUACGGUCUUUGAGAAAAUUAAAAAAUAUAUACAUAUAUGUAUAUGUACUUGGUACGGUUGUGUGUGUAUAAUAAUAUGCAUAUUGUAUAGUAUAUGUAUGCAAGAGUGUGUGUGCCUACAUAAAUAUAUAUAACUAACUAACUACAGACAGCAUAAAUAUUUUAUGUACAUGCAUACAUACCGCCAUAUGUGCUAGAGGAAAAUGGGUUUUUAUCAACAACUGGACUCGAGCAAUGAUCUUACCCUGGAACUUUAAGCACUGCCAAAAAUUCACUACCAAACUUCACAGCAAUUCAGGUGGAGUUUGAACAACAAUGCAUUUGCACACACGCAAUGCAGGAAGAACUAUUUCAUAAUCAGCAACGAAGAACGAAGAAGAGGUCACCGCGAUAGAGUUUUUUUUUCACAUAUACAAGAGGAAGUUAAUACGCACACAACUACGCUUUUCUGAGAUUACAAUAGGCUAGUAAUCUUAUGGAAUAAGUUUCAAAAAAAAACCAAAACAACAACGAACAGCACUGAAGAACAGCAAUACAGCAUACUAAAAGUAAAGCUUGUGUACUGAUUUUAAAUCGCGCCUGGUUACAACCGGAAAUUGCAGAAACUACAACGACACACACACAAACACGCCGGCACACAUUUAGCUCACAUUCACAUAUAAUCACUACUAAAGAAUUAUUGGAAAAAUAAAUCUUCUAUAAAACUAUACAAAGGCACAGAACUGUUCGACGAUCUUCGUCGCCGAUUGUGGUGUCCACAUAAACACACACGCUACCAUAACCACCACCACCACCACCGCCAUAGCAAACAUAAUCACCGCCAUAAUUUCACUCCAAUAAUGUCGCCGCAACAACGCGGCAGCGCCUAUGCUAGCCGCCUCUACAACAAGAGCAACAACAACAGAAACAUCAACGCGCUUAUCGCCUUUUGCUGCUUGGUACUGCUGAGUAGCUGUGCGUUGCUGACACAGGCGCAACGCCUCACUGGACGACGCGAUCGGCCACUAAAUACGCCCAGAGAGUACAAGAAGACACAUCCAUGCGAACGCUCCUCCUGCUAUCCGGCCACGGGUAAUUUACUCAUCGGACGUGAGAAUCGCUUGACCGCCUCAUCGACGUGCGGCAUACAUGCGCCAGAACGUUUCUGUAUAUUGUCGCAUUUGCAGGAUAAAAAGUGUUUCCUUUGCGAUACGCGCGAAGAGACGCGCAAUGAUCCCUACAAGAAUCAUCGCAUUGGACAAAUUAUCUAUAAAACGAAACCGGGUACGAAUUUGCCCACUUGGUGGCAAUCGGAGAAUGGCAAGGAGAAUGUGACCAUACAAUUGGAUUUGGAGGCGGAGUUUCAUUUCACCCAUUUGAUCAUCUCGUUCACCACAUUUCGGCCGGCGGCCAUGUUGAUUGAGCGUUCAUUUGAUUUUGGUCAAACUUGGCAUGUCUAUCGCUACUUCGCUUACGAUUGUGCCGAAUCGUUCCCCGGCGUACCGACUGUGUUGCGCAAUAUCACCGAUGUUAUGUGUACGUCGCGUUAUUCGAAUGUGGAGCCCUCGCGCAACGGUGAGGUCAUCUUUCGUGUGCUGCCGCCGAACAUUAACGUCUCCGAUCCGUAUGCCACGCAUGUGCAAAAUAUGCUAAAGAUGACCAAUCUGCGUAUUAAUUUCACGAAGUUGCACAAAUUGGGUGACAAUUUGUUGGAUAAUCGAUUGGAGAUGGAGGAGAAAUAUUACUAUGGCAUUAGCAAUAUGGUUGUGCGCGGCUCGUGCUCUUGCUAUGGCCACGCCUCACAAUGUCUGCCACUGGACGGCACUGAGUCGCCGGAAUACGAUAUGGUGCAUGGACGCUGCCAGUGUACGCACAACACCAAGGGUUUGAAUUGCGAAACUUGCGAGGACUUCUUCAACGAUCUGCCCUGGAAGCCGGCGUUCGGCAAGCAGACUAAUGCCUGCAAGAAGUGCGAGUGUAACGAUCACGCUGUGAGCUGUCACUUCGAUGAGAAUGUCUUCGAGCAAUCCGGCCGCAUUUCGGGUGGUGUGUGCGACAAUUGCAUGCACAAUACACAGGGUCAGCACUGCGAGGAGUGUAUGCCUUUCUUCUAUCGCGAUCCCGAGCAGGACAUACGCAGCCCGGAGGUGUGCAAGCCUUGCAAUUGCGAUUUGAAUGGUUCGGUGGAUGAAGGCAUUUGCGAUUCAGUGAACGAUCCCGAAAAUGGCAUCGAGGCUGGCGCUUGUCACUGCAAGUCGAAUGUGAAGGGACGCCGUUGCGAUGUGUGCAAGGAUGGAUUCUGGAAUUUGAUACCCGAAAACCCAGCUGGUUGUGAACAAUGCACGUGCAACACGCUCGGCACCAUCGACAAUUCGGGCUGCAACAUGUACACCGGUGAGUGUACUUGUAAGCGCUUGGUUACCGGCAAGGACUGCAAUCAAUGCGCGCCACAAACGUAUGGUCUCUCUGAGUCGGAGGAUGGCUGCACGCACUGCGGUUGCGAUGUUGGCGGCUCAUACGACAACUUCUGCGACGUUAUAACGGGUCAGUGUCGCUGUCGCCCGCACAUGACUGGACGCAAUUGCUCUCAGCCGAAACAGAAUUACUUCAUACCACCGCUCUAUGUGGUGCACGAUGUAGAGACCGCGGAUGUGUGCAUAUCUCGCGGCAAUAACGGCAAUUGCACUGUUGUGCCAUAUCCACCACUGCCCGACCGCACACCCGACUACACUGGUGUUGGAUUCACGCGUGCGCCGGAAAAUUCCGAAUUCAUUAUAACCGUCGAUGACAUACCAAGCUCCAUGCCGUACGAUGUGGUGAUACGCUACCAAACCACUUCGCGCGACGACUGGGAGGAUGCUUACAUAACGCUUGUGCGUUUGGACGAAGUAGACCCGGAGGGAGUGUGCGCACAGGCUGUGCAACCCGGUUCGAGUGUGUACGAGACGCAUAUACCCUUCAGUUUGCCCGAACGUGACCGUCAGGUAGUGGCGCUGCGCAAUGUUUGCCUGGAAGCCAAUAAGGUAUACAAGUUCAAGAUACAUUUUGAACGCCGACGACACAACGAAGACAAUCCCACCGCCACCAUUCUGAUCGACUCACUAACGCUUAUACCACGCAUCGAAGUUACUUCCGUCUUCUCGGGCUCGCCCGCUGCGGACUUGCGUCGCCGCGAAUACAUACAAAUGGGCUGCAAUCAGUCGCUUUAUGACAUACGCUACAGCAGUGUCGUGGACCCACGUUGCAAUGAGUUGGCGGACUAUGCAAGCACGGAAAUUCACGAUGGUGCCAGCCAGUGUAACUGCAACCCUACAGGCGCGCUUAGUAAGGAAUGUGACCCACAUGGUGGCUUCUGCCAAUGUAAACCGAAUGUGGUGGGACGUCAGUGUGAUCAGUGCGCGCCAGGCACUUAUGGCUUCGGCCCGGAAGGCUGUAAGGCUUGCGACUGCAACAGCAUUGGUUCGAAGGAUAACAACUGUGAUCUGAUCACGGGUCAGUGCGCCUGUCAUCCUAACACAUACGGACGUGAGUGCGAUCAGUGCCAGCCGGGCUAUUGGAACUUCCCCAACUGUCAGGCGUGCGAGUGUAAUGGACAUGCGCAGCAAUGUGACGCACGCACUGGUCAAUGUAUCAACUGUUUGGACUUCACCAGCGGCUAUGCGUGUGACAGCUGCUUGGAAGGCUACUACGGUAAUCCCUUUUUGGGUAGUGAAAUCGGUUGUCGCGCUUGUCGCUGCCCCGACACUGUGGCCAGCGGUAAUACACAUGCCGACGGCUGCUCGUUGGAUGCGCGCAACAACAAUAUGAUCUGUCACUGCAAGGAGGGCUACGAUGGUGCACGUUGUGAGGUGUGCGCAGACAACUACUUCGGUGAUGCCGAGACGCCAGGUGGCGCGUGCGAAAAAUGCGACUGCAGCAACAACAUCGAUCUCUACGACACAGGCAAUUGCGAACGACGCACAGGACAGUGCUUGAAGUGUAUGUAUGAUACGACCGGUGAUCAUUGCGAGCUUUGUCGCGAUGGCUUCUUUGGCGAUGCGCUGCAACAAAAUUGCGUGCCAUGUGAUUGCGAUUACUUGGGCACUAACCAGACAAUUGCGCAUUGCGACCGGUUCACCGGUCAAUGUCCCUGCUUACCCAACGUACAUGGCAUACGUUGCGAUGAAUGUGCGGCCAAUCAUUGGAAGAUCGCUUCAGGCGAAGGCUGUGAGGCGUGCGAAUGUGACCCGAUUGGUUCAUCGUCCGAACAAUGUAACCGUUACACCGGGCAGUGUGAGUGCAAAGAUGGCUUCGGUGGACGCGCGUGUAAUCAAUGUCAAGCCAAUUACUGGGGCAAUCCGAAUAGGGAGUGCCAGCCUUGCGAGUGUGAUCCCUACGGGUCGGCUGACUACCAGUGCGAUCGCGAGACGGGACAGUGCGUGUGCCACGAAGGUAUGGGCGGCUACAAGUGCAAUGAAUGUGCGCGCGGUUAUCAAGGACGCUUCCCACAUUGUGCGCCUUGUGGUGAAUGCUUCAACAAUUGGGAUUUGAUACUGCACGGACUGGAAGAUGCCACGGCCGAGGCCAUACAACGCGCCAAGGAUAUCAAAUUGAUUGGCGCAACCGGCGCAUAUACGGCGGAAUUUAGUACUUUGGACAAGAAACUGCAAAAUAUACGCGAUCUGCUGCAGAACACCACCGUUAGCUUGCAGGACAUCGACGCGUUGGAUAAGGAAGGCGCUGAGCUGAAGGAGAAACUGCAGGCUUCGCAUACCAAAUUAGUGGACACUGAAGACAAUUUGGAGAAUAUUUAUUCUUCGUUGAGUCUGUCCACUGUGGAGUUGGAAGCUUUGCGUAAUCAAUCUGAGCUCGUAAAGAAAUUGUCAAAAGAGCUGAAAGAGAAUGGCAUACAGCUGCAAGAGUCCAACAUCGAAGGUGCACUCAAUUUGACGCGUAACGCCUUUGAGCGUGUGCUCGACCUGUCUUCAGUUAAGAAUGAGGCCGAGGAUUAUGCUGCCAACACCGAGCGCAACUGCAAGCGCGUCGAAACGCUGGCAAACAAGAUCAAGGAUGAGCACGACACGAUCACGGCCAACGAUGGCAUCAUUGCUGACUACCGCAGUGAGCUGACGUCCCUUACCGCUAUGAUACCCGGCUUGAAUAACGAAGUGUGCGACAAGAGCGGCGAUCCAUGCGACUCGUUGUGUGGCGGUGCUGGUUGUGGCUCCUGUGGUGGGCUAUCUUGCGAGCAAGGCGCAUUGACACGCACCGAGAAGGCGCUCAAAGUGGCCAAAGACACUGAGCAAAUAAUCAAAGACAAGAAAGAUGCCGCCGAUCAAACUAUACGUUCGCUCUUCCAGGCCAAAGUCAACGCCUCCGAGGGUUAUCUGAAGGCCAAGAGCGCUUUCGAAGAUGCCGAACGUUACCUCAACCGCACCAAUGACAAAAUUAAGAAGGGCGAGGCGAUGAUUGAACAGCUCGGCAGCUUCCUUAACAAUAACACUGCAUUGCCGACGGAGAGUCGUGACCUAGCCCAGCAAACACUCAAGCUCGACCUCAAAUUAGAUCCCGAAGAGAUACAAAUGCUGGGUGGCAAAAUCAAUGACGCUGUUUCUUCACUCAAAAACGUUGAAUUGAUUAUUUAUAAUACGCGUGGCGAUCUGGCGCGCGUCAACAAUCUGCAGGCAAAAGCGAAUACGACCAAAGAAACAGCAAACGAAAUACUAGAUACUGCCAAUUCGGUGGUGAAGAAUCUGGACGAUGCAGAUGCUUCGCAACUGAAGGCCAAAGAUGCCAUAUCACAAGCUAAUGUCAAUAUUGAACUGGCGGCCAAGGAUUUGGAUCAAAUCGAUUUAGAGACGAGUGAUGCUGAGGCGCCUGCCAAUGCCACUGCACAGCAAGUGGAGGAUCUGGCCAAGCAAGCCAGUCGCAUAAGCAAGAAUUUGCUGAAGAACGAAUUAGAUGCACAGGAAAUCAAGAAGGAAGCAAAUGCCGUAAAGGAGGCCGCACUCAAGGCGCGCGAAUACUCCAAUCAAUUGCACUCCGCCACCAAUUUGGUCAAUCAAACGCUUAGCGAUCGCGCGCGUAAUUCGGAAAGUGCACGCGAACGUGCCAAGCAGCUAUUGCAACGCGCUUCCAAACUGACAGUGGACACAAACGAUAAGUUGGCCCAACUGCAGCUGAUGCAAGAGAUAUACGCGGAAAAGAAUAGCACUUUGCAAAAACUGCAAGACGAUUUGAAGCCUUUAAACGAAGAGCUGACUUUGUCGCUGCAAAAGAUACAGGAGCACGCCGAUCGCUAUCGACAAUGUACGGGCUAAGGGCUAAGCGAGCGCGCGCAGUUAGUUGGUAGCAAAAGCAGUAAUGUUGCACCUUAGCAUUUAUGUAUACUUAAACAAUAGCCUUUGAUAACUGCAAUAAGACAAAAUGCCUAUUAAGGCCCUUUGAAACAAGCACAAACCAAAAAUGUUCACUCUAAAGCCAGUGCCAGUGUUUAAGUGCUCAGUAUAUCAGCUGCGGCUCGACAAAAAAAAAAAAAAAUUUUUAUGUAAUUGUUUUUAUCUUCUGCCUGUUCCAUUUGUAACAUGCUCAAAUUUGUACUGUAAACCGUUUGGAUGAAAAAAAAAUAUUAAUUUUAGUUCAAAGUAAAGAAGGUCAAAAAUCAUAAAUGAAAGCUAAACGUGUUUGUUGUAAGAAAAUGUUAUGUUUAAAAUAUUAAAAAAAAAAAAAAAUUAUUUUACUGUAUGUUUUAGUUUAUUUAAAGCCAUCUCUAUGAAAUAGCAAACAAUAUGAAAUAUUUUAGCAAUACGACUAUCAAGCGUUUCUAGUAGAAAUUGCUGUUCAUUUAUUUACAUACAUACACACAUACAUAU